AUAUGAGGACUAUAUUGCAAGCAAACACGACAUGCUUGUUUUAAUAGUGCAAUUCUUUUGGCCCUUGCCUUGUGCAUCUCAACAGGGUUUUUUUUCCCAUGAAUUUUCAAUGUAUUAAAGACAAAUGUGCUUUCAGUAUUUUAUUUUUUGAGAAUGCUAUUUUAAUUGUGCGUAUAUAAUAAAAUUGGUUGCAAUUACGUUUAUGGUCAGCGCUCAAAAUUUACUUGUUAGGCUAUGCAAUUCAUCUUUUGUUUUACAGGUAUUGUUAUAAAAUGGGGGAUUUUUCUCAAAAAAAAAAAUCAUCCUUUAACUUAAAUUAAAUAGUGAAAAGAUUAACACAUGAGUUAUAUGCCUACAUGAUUUUUUUUAUAUUUUGCUUUUAUGGCAUAUCUCUAUUUUAAUGUGUUCCAAUAUUAUCCACAACAUUAUAAGGGAUGAUUUUUUGUUUCUGUUUGUUUUAUCUUAGCCUUAUAUGGUUGUGAGAUUUGUAUGAUUGACUUGGGCUUAAUGCCCUUAAUGUGAUUAUGUAAGUAGCUUGCAUGAUUAAAAUAAAUAAAUUAAACAAAAUUUAUGUAUAAAGACGUUAGAGUGAGAGCAAAUUUAGUACCUUACUUUGGCCGGGCGUCCCAUCCCCGUGAAAAGGGGGUUAGGAAGUCUUCCUCAGUACAAGAUCGCUAUUUUUAUUCUGGAAUGGAAUAUACGGAUGUUUUCUUUGUAUGUUCUUUCGUUCUAUGUAUUGGAUACAAAGGUUUAUUUGGACAAUUUGAGGGGUGGUGCGCUGGGGUUUGGAGAGGGUGGUGUAUUAUUUGUUGACACCCCCGUAAAUUCGCUACCUUUAUUAAUAUUUCAGUUUUCGUUAAUAUUGAUUUUGACUUUAAACUUACUCCGUGAGUUAUUUUCUAGCGGUUACCUUUGUAAACUUCCUUGUACAUGUAUUAUAUUGUUUUGAAUGUCUUCACAUUAUCGAUAUACUGAUAAUGAAAGCGUAAUCUGCUUUUACAGUAUAAACCUGAAUACAAACAUGGCUAUUUGAAAGAUUGAGGAAGUUGCAUUUUAAAAUUUUAAAUUAAUCAGUGUGUUUUAAUUCAUGCAAGCAAAUGGACCGUGAUCUUGAGGGAAAACAAGCGAUGUCCCUGAAACUGUCAAAGGUGCUCGGGGAUAUCGGGGUCAACAGGGAUAUGGUAAAAUUGAGAAGGAAGACAUGGUUGACCAUUGAAAAGCAUCAAACUGCCUUCAGUAUUAACUCACGAAUCUCAAGCCUUCACUAUUUCCACUUUGGAAGCCAAACUGAGGGCACGACGACAUUGGGAAUGGAGUCGGAUGCAGAUAUAUUGUGCCUUGGCUAUGAACAUCUUAUAAUGCUUGAAAUGUCUGAAUGGCAGCCUGGAAGAAUCGAGACUCUCCUGGUUCUAAAGAAUGAGCAUUCCCCGCCCCAACACUGCAUUCUGCAGAUGAUUAGGCCGGACCGUCCAAUGCCAGUCACACUGAACAUUGUAAAAGGAGACUCAUAUAAACAUAUUAUAGAAGUGGACAAGGAGGGGAGGGUGCUGCUUAAAAGCUCACGCUUAAGGCCACUGGCUAAAACGCAUUUCGGAAACCAAUAUAUUAAGAAAGGUCCGUCAAUAAGUUUUAGUAAAUAUGUUGAUUUUGUGUUUGCGCUUCCCUGUAUAAGACGGCCAGAUGAAUGCAAGUACCUAUUUCGCAGACCACGGCCGGGGCAUUGGCCCAGACCUGCGAUAUUAGCAGAGGCAAUGCAGACUGCAACAUAUCUUGUCCAUCAGGGACACCCUGAGAGUUGUCAUCCUGAACUCGAAUGGAGAUUUUCUACACCUCUUAUAGAAAGACUGCUCAUAUUUGACCUAAAUAUUAUCCAACUGAAGGUGUACACAUUCCUUAAAAUAUUAAGAAAAAACUAUUUCAAACCAGAUUUUGAUGACAGGUUAAGUACCUACCAUAUGAAGACUGUCAUGAUGUUCACCGUAGAGAGCUAUCCACCGAAUAUUUGGGAAAAGAACGACCUGCUGCAUUGUGUGAUCUAUUGUUUAACCACGCUUAGACGCUGGUGUCGGAUGCAUUACUGCCCACAUUACACCAUAUCUGGUGUGAACUUGUUUGUAGGGAAGCUGAAGAAGUUUGAGUUGACUCGUUUAUCAGCAAUGUUGUCAGAUAUGAUAGAAAACAUAAGCAAGUAUGUGGUAGACAUAAAAAUGGACCGACUGGGUGAGAGAAUGUUAAUGUUGCCAGGAACAAAUCUUCAUACCGUAAACCUACUAUCAAGAUAUGAUAAUAAACUUAAGAUACUGAGAUUCUGUUUAGGAGUACUUCUAAAUAAGUUCUGCCACUUAUCAUUCAACUUGGGAGGUCCAAUAAAGGAAAGUGCCUCGGAGCUGAACAUCAGAUAUAGUAAAGUGGAAAAGACAUGCCAUUCAUUCAUAAGAGACACUGAGGAGGAGUUCACCAGGGAUGCAUUUUCCAUGUUGAUCAAAUCUUUGAAUAUUCUCUUAGCCUCAGUCCAGGCUUCAGUUUGCAUUGCCUCACAUCAAGAUAUCACAGAAGAGAUAAGCGCGCAAUUCCAAAAACAUAUGGACUUCGAUUUAUCUUCCGGCAGAUUGAAAUUCUCCGCCAUGUUGUACUGCGAUAGGCAGUAUGAAAGAGCUGCAGCAGUGUUAGAAGACAUUGAAGGGUUUCUGCAUGAUGACGUGUGGCAGUUUAGUUUACAAAAAAGAGACACAUUCAGACCUACGUUCACAUUUCUUAGCAAAGCGCUUGACAUGCCGGUGUCAGAGAUUGUUAAGACAUCAGUUGCACCCAGUGUCACGUUUGUCCGUCAGGAACUACACUGUGUACCCAAACAUGUGGUGUACGAGAUGUAUAAAUCUUUCACACGUGCAGACGAUCAACGACGGAAAAUUGAUUAUGGUGAAAUGGACUGUGCAAUUUUUGAAUCUGUUCCUUUUCUCUACUACUUGCAGUACGUCUCAUACAGGAAACUUGGACAACAUGACAAAAAAAGUUCAGCAAUAAGGAAACUUUCUGACUAUCUUCAGGAUAAAGGAAAUUGGCAUGGUCAUAUCGAGACAGCAUACAAUAUAUUGGGUCACUGUAACGAAAUGGAGAACAGACAGGACCUAGCCUAUCAGUGUUACUCUAGAUCAAUAAGGCUGUUUCCCUACAACAACGCUGCAAGGUGGCACAUGGCGAUUAUUCUAAACAAACUAAUCCAAAAAAUGACUGAGUGAUUGCCUCAGCAGAGGCUUAUAUGCCUUCAUAUCAAAUGAGACAUAUUUCACAUGUAGAUAAUGCUGAACAACACAGCAUGAUGAUAUCAUGGAAUACAUGUACAUAACCUUAACGACAGUUGGUUAAGACUAUGUUCAAAGGGAUGGGGCAUACGUUGAACAGCAUUUAUAAUGAUUUGUAAUGAUGUAUAAUUAUGUGAUAGGAUAAAACAAUCAGAGUGAAUAUAGCAAAUAUUGUAGCGUUAAGUGGAUUUCCAAUUGUCCACGUUAUGUCAUCCAUGUUAUGUUCUUUAACAUGUAUGAUGAACGAUUUCAUAUUACAAGCAGAAUUAUUCUUUUUCACGAAAGCACAUUUAAACUCAUUAUCUAUGGCAUUGUUUUCUAAAAUAUGCUAUACAUAUCUUGACAGUAUACAGUUACGUGCGCAUGUGUCUUUUUGUGGAGAAACAUGGCGAAAACACUCAGUAUGUAGUUUAAAUAUUCAUGUAGACAUUUAAAGCACACUUCAUUUACUAUUGAGUUAAAUGCACCUUCUUAAUCCAGUAGCUUUUUUACAAAGUAAGUGCUGAACAGUAUAAUAAUAUUGGUCUGUUUUUGUUCUUGUCAACCUUAUGCUGUCUAUCACCAGUGUCGUAGGGCUCUGCCUCUUCUGAAACUGUAACACGUGUAUAUGCUAGGUGUUCUUAAUGCAAUCGUCGAAUUGCAUGUGCUAUAAACUCAGUAAAAGCACAGUUGGAAUAAAAAAUAAAAUGUAAACAAAUGAGAGUGAAAUAUAAACAAGUAAUGAGA